CAUUUAUAGCGGCUUUGGCUCCUCUUCUUCUUUCAAUCCCUAACCCCUCUCUCUGUCUCUCUCUCUCUCUUUUGAGGGUCACUCUGGUCUGGUUGGUUAUCGGACAUUUUAGCUGAUAAACAAGACUAACAUUGUCGUUCUGUGGAUGUAUAUAGGCUCUGUUACAGAACAGAUCUGUAUAUCUCUCUUUUCGUCUACUUGCUGAAGGUUUUCAAUCUUUGUUUGCAACCACGCUUAAAUUUUUCAGUGAUUUUGACGCAUUACAUGGAGAAGCCUGUGAGACUAUGUUCAAUGACUCUUCUGUUUCUGCUUGUUGGGAUUCUACCUUUGGUAUUUGCUGGCCAUGACUAUGGUCAGGCUCUCAGUAAGAGCAUUCUCUUCUUUGAAGCCCAGAGAUCUGGCUACCUUCCCAGUACUCAGAGAGUCCAAUGGAGGGGUAAUUCUGGUCUUAACGAUGGCAAAGCUAGUGGGGUGGAUCUAGUAGGAGGGUACUAUGAUGCAGGGGACAAUGUUAAGUUUGGGUUGCCCAUGGCAUUCACUAUAACAAUGAUGUCAUGGAGCAUAAUAGAGUACGGGAAGCAAAUGGCUUCCAGUGGUGAGCUUGGUCAUGCCAUGGACGCUGUUAAGUGGGGCACCGACUACCUCAUUAAGGCUCAUCCCCAACCCGAUGUCCUUUAUGGAGAGGUGGGCGAUGGUAACACAGACCACUACUGCUGGCAAAGGCCUGAGGACAUGACCACCUCAAGACAGGCUUACAAGAUCGACCCAAGCAACCCAGGUUCGGACCUCGCCGGCGAGACAGCCGCCGCCAUGGCCGCCGCCUCCCUUGUCUUCCGCCGCUACAAUCCUUCUUACGCCAACAAGCUCCUAAGCCAUGCCAGUCAGCUGUUCGAGUUUGCAGAUAAAUACAGGGGCAAAUAUGAUGGCAGCAUCACAGUGGCUCAGAAGUACUAUAGAUCUGUCAGUGGAUAUGCUGAUGAAUUGCUAUGGGCAGCGGCAUGGUUGUACAAGGCAACAAACAAUCAGUAUUACUUGAACUAUCUUGGAAAAAAUGGUGAUGCUCUUGGUGGAACCGGGUGGGGUAUGACUGAGUUUGGAUGGGAUGUCAAGUAUGCUGGUGUUCAGACUCUUGUCGCCAAGUUCCUAAUGCAAGGGAAGGCUGGUCAGUAUGCCCCAGUUUUUGAAAAAUACCAGCAGAAGGCAGAGUAUUUCAUGUGUUCAUGCCUUGGAAAGGGCACACACAAUGUAAAAAAGACUCCAGGGGGCCUAAUUUUCCGGCAGAGAUGGAACAACAUGCAGUUUGUUACAAGUGCCUCAUUCCUUCUCACUGUCUACUCCGACUAUCUGGCCUCUGCUGGGAGGAACCUGCAGUGUGCUUCUGGCAGUGUCCCACCAUCUGCUCUUAUUUCGUUCGCUCAAUCUCAGGUGGACUAUAUUCUUGGAGACAACCCAAGGGCCACUAGUUACAUGGUGGGGUAUGGAAGCAAUUACCCACAACAAGUUCACCACCGAGCUUCCUCAAUUGUCUCCGUUAAGGUUAACCCUUCAUUUGUUAGUUGCCGAGGAGGGUAUGCCACUUGGUUUAGCAGGAAGGGAAGUGACCCAAAUCUCCUAGCCGGUGCUAUUGUUGGUGGACCUGAUGCCUAUGACAACUUUGCUGAUGAAAGGGACAACUAUGAGCAAACAGAGCCUGCUACCUACAAUAAUGCUCCUCUUCUUGGUAUAUUGGCACGGCUACAUGGUGGUCACAGUGGAUACAACCAGCUCCUUCCAGUGGUUCUUCCUACUCCUAAACCCAUUGUUACACAACCAAAACCUGCUCCAAAACCUAAAGUAGAUCCUUCUCCAGCUUCCUCGUCUGCUCCUAUCAGUAUUGAGCAGAAGGCGACAGAUUCAUGGGUUACCAAGGGUAAAACUUACUACAGAUACUCUACAAUUGUGACCAACAAAUCUUCUAAGACUUUGAAGGGUCUCAAGCUUUCAGUAUCCAAGCUCUAUGGUCCUCUGUGGGGUCUAACAAAGUACGGUGAUUCAUAUGUCUUCCCAGCAUGGAUCAACGCCUUGCCUGCUGGAAAAAGCCUCGAGUUUGUGUAUGUCCAUUCUGGUUCUCCAGCUGAUGUGUCAGUCUCAAGCUAUAAUUUGGAAUAGGAGUGAGAAACAGGAUCAUGAAGAAGAGAAGAGGUUCAAAUUGUUUUCUGGGGUUGGAAUUGAAGAAUUGUGCAGCUAUACAAGAUGCAGUUCGGGAAUGUCUUACGUUUUUUAUUGUAAUUUUUUAGCUAGCUUUUAAUUUGCGAUUGGAGUUUGAUUAGGUGAAAUAAGAUUGAAGAAUGGAGGGAGAAAGGAGUGAAGAGACAAUUAAAAAAAGGAGUGCUCAUCCUCUUUCUCCUCCACUUCUGUAGUUAUAUAGAUAGAACUGGGAGAUCAGAGAGUGUGAAAGAGUGAGGAUUGAGAAGUGAAGAAAACUUCCGUCUCAACAUAAUUUAAGGAGUCUUUUGCUUUAUAGUACCUAGGAGCAGGUUUGAUGUUUUUUAUUGUUUUGCUUUUGUAUUUGUGAUGUUGUAAGCUUUACAACAUUUUAUAUUUGCAAUAUCAAUAUAGUUUGUGCAAAGGCAACUUGUUUAUUGACGAUGCACAAAGUAAUUUUGUGUAAGAUCAACAGUCGAGUGUGUGAUAAGGUGUAAUUAAUGGAC